CUGGGUAAAACCUCGUCAUCACUAGGUCCAGAUUUUUCCAAGACUUUGGUUUAUGACAAAAAGAACUGCAGCACUGUGACCAGAUCACAUCAGCUUGAUAACUUUAGCAUUUGGUGUAAGGCACCACAGGAAUAUGAGGCUGUAGUGUAGCUUCACACUCGGGAGGAUAAACGAUAAUUGAGUGAUUUUCCAGCUUCAGCAAUUCUAUUUAUUGUUGAAUUCUUUUUUACAACCACUGCACAGUCGAAAAUGUGAUCCAAAUGUUAACCAAGUUAAUUGUUUCUCCUCUAUAGCACCUUUAACCAUCAUCCUGGGUGUAGUGGCUACUCUGCUGGUCAUUUCUGUCAUAGUGCUAGUUGUAAUGAUUAGGAAGAACAAGAAGAAGAAGAAGGAGAAGAAGAAGAAGAAAGGCAAUUAUGAAGUUGCUGUCUAUAAUCCUAAUGGCAUCAACUUCUUACCAGGAUACGAAUCCCCAGACGUGCUGGGGACUUGUAAAGAUGAUGAGUCCCAUGUGUACGAAGAGAUUGAUGACACUCUCGUCUACACACACCUGCUGAAAAGGGGUGCAGAGACUGGCAACUAUGAAGAAACAUAUAAACCUGUUUCAGGACACAGAGACUCUCAAAAGCCACUGCUCUCAUCACAGCAGGGCCCUCCACGCCCCAACAAGCCACCAAGCAAAAUCCUAACCCCGGUGGACAAUACAAUUUACCAGAAUAUGAUUUACCAGCCUAAGGAUCAAAGUGAGGACGAACAGCUCCCGAAUCUGGGGCCUCGACUGGAGCUAGAGGGAAGCAACUGAGCAGAAGACUGGACUCAGCUUUUUGAUUUUUCUCUUGACCCACUUGAACUUUGGGAUAUUCAUUCCCUGUGUGAUUGAUCGCUGUUCAGCCUCACAAAGCACCUUUUCUGAGUGCAGCUUUUGCACUAAAGUGAGGCACACACAAACAACCUGUCUGCAGCUGUUACAACGUUUUGUCCCAGAUUAAAGGCUCUUUUAUUGCAAAAGUUGCUCUCAAUCAUCCCCUGUAGCUGCAUCUGACAUAAAACAUAUUUAUUUCGUAGUAAGGUCAAAUAUAUUGCUUUUUUAAUGUGUCACGACGGGAUGAGUCCUUUGUCCUCAUCGGAGACUAGUGGCAUAAUUCCCCUGCAAUUAAACUGCAUUUCAGUGUAUUUUAUUUUUAAUUUCAGUGUAGUUAUUUGACUGCAAUAACUUAAAGCAGAUACACUGGAAUAAUGGGGUGAGAAGUCAGGUUUUUACAGAAAACAGAAAUUAUUUAAUUUAAUUUUAAGUAGUGCACAAGUAAUUUUAUAAAGUUCAUGACUUAUUUAUUAGUAUUACAGAAUAUCAGGUAUUUUAAAGGAAAGGGGAGAAAUUAACUACAUUUAAGUAGUGCAU